AUGCUUUUGUCUAAAUCAUUCUGUGUCUUAUUCGCCCUGUCUUCGACCGCACUAGCAGUGGAUACAACAUUCAUGAGCAAGCGUACACCGUGGAUUCCUGAACGACUUGCUAGGCGUGAGGAUGAUGGUUUGCCUGGUUGCGAAAAUCCAGACCGUUUCAAGUGCGACAAUAUUGAUCCAGGCUGUGAAGAAAAGUGCAGGAACAUCGACUUUGGUAAACCCUUGAUGCCAAGCUGCUUUGAAAACAAAUGCUACUGUGGUUUUUCCCCUGGUAUCUUUGGAACAAACUUCUAG